AAGCAGUUGGACAAUUGUUGCGUUAUAUGACUCAUAUAUUACAAAUACAACAACGUGACAAAGUCUAUGGUUUUAUAACAAAUAUUAACAGUAUAAGAUUUUAUUGUGCUAAGUCGGACAAUGAUAAAUCGAUUGUUUAUUAUCAAAGUCAAUACUUUCAAAUGUUUGAUGGUUUACCUAAAAGAUCAUCAUCAUCAUCAUUUUUUAAUCAAAUAAAUACAAGUGCACCAACAAGAUAUUUUAAUGAAACAGCACUGAAAAUGUUUAUAAGAUUUUUAACAAUGGAUACGAACUUUUAUGGAUACACAACAUUAAAUAUAAAUAUUGAUGAUUAUUUAUAUGAUGAUAUAUUUCAUAUUAAAAUGGUAUUAGGAAAUGGUGCAACUUCAUUCGUUUAUUUAUUAGCAAAUAAUAAUAAAUUAAUUAAUAAACCAAUAUGUUCGAUAAUAAAAAUUUCUAAACAUGAUAAAUAUUCAAAAUAUUUUAUCAAUGAAGUUAAAAUAUUAGAAAAAUUAAAAACUUCAAAUAAUUCAAAUAAAUUUGAUUUAUUUUUUGAAAAUAUUUUCAGUUAUUCACCUACAGGUAAAUUUAUAUUUUUUGAAAAGCGCUUAAUCAAGUUGGAAUCAUUAACAUUAAUUCAGUCAAAACAACUUAUUAAUGGUAUUGAAUAUUUAUAUGAUUGUCAUAUAAUACAUCGUGAUAUACGUCCAACAAACAUAAUGUGUGAUUUUGAUAAUAAACAAAUAAAAUUAGUUGAUUUUGGUUUUGCAACAAUAUUUGACAACAAUGAAAAAACAAAAAAGUUACCUAUUGAAGGAGCAAUUUCAUUUGGUAACCUAAAAUUACUGAAGUUUUGUUCUGAAUUACCAUUGGAUUCAUCAAUUGAUAUACAUUAUGAAUAUGAACGAACAUUUGAUCUUUAUUGUGCAUUAAAUGUCAUUAUCAUUAUGUCAGAUAAAUAUAUAUAUGAUCAAUUCUAUGCAAUUAAACAAAAACAACUACCAACUUAUCAAAAUGGAAUGUUAAAUAUAUAUAAUUUUUGGUUGAAUUUAAAAGAGAAAAAUAAUGUUUAUUCGAAAUUAUUAGAAUCAAUGGACAAUUUCAAAGAAUCAUCAUAUUUUAAUAGAAUUAUGAAUGAUUUAGAAAAACUUCCUAUAUUUAACAAUUAA